CCCCCACCCUGCCCCUGCCAGCUGGAGACGGACCCCGGAGGCCGGGCCGGAGCGGGGCGGACGAGGACCCAGUCCCGCGCUCCCCGGCCCGCGAGGGGGCGGUGCGGGGGGCGGGCCGACCCCUCCCUCGCUGACGCCGCCGCUGCUGCCGCCGAGCCCCGGACGGAGAGCGCGGGCAACGGAGCGGGGCGCCGGGCCGGCCCGGCAGGAUGCGCUACCGGGCGUCGCACCUGUCACACCUGGCCCCAGAGCUAAGAGACCUGAGGUCACCUGGUCUAACUCAACUCCUCCUCCCUGAGGAGGAAGCAACCCCAAGAAAGGAGGGGAUUUGUCCAAGGUCAACAUAGCAUACUUUCUGCCAUUCCAAGGAGUUCCUUCUCAAGACCCACCUUUCUCCACACAAAACCAGCGCCUCCCUGUGUUCCAUGGCCUUGUUCCCAAAUCCACUGGUCCUGGGUGCUGCUGCCCUGGGCAGUGACGGGGUGCGGGUGACCAUGGAGAGCGCCCUGACUGCCCGUGACCGGGUGGGGGUGCAGGAUUUCGUGCUGCUGGAAAACUUCACCAGUGAGGCCGCCUUCAUCGAGAAUCUGCGGCGGCGCUUCCGGGAGAACCUCAUUUAUACGUACAUCGGCCCUGUCCUGGUCUCUGUCAACCCCUACCGGGACCUACAGAUUUACAGCCGACAGCAUAUGGAGCGCUACCGUGGUGUCAGCUUCUACGAAGUGCCUCCCCACCUGUUUGCAGUAGCUGACACUGCAUACCGAGCACUGCGCACAGAACGCCGAGACCAGGCAGUGAUGAUCUCUGGGGAGAGUGGGGCAGGCAAGACAGAGGCCACCAAGAGACUGCUGCAGUUCUAUGCAGAGACCUGCCCAGCACCAGAGCGGGGUGGUGCUGUGCGGGACCGGCUGCUGCAGAGUAACCCUGUGCUGGAGGCCUUUGGCAAUGCCAAGACUCUCCGGAAUGAUAACUCCAGCCGAUUUGGGAAGUACAUGGAUGUGCAGUUUGAUUUCAAGGGUGCCCCUGUGGGUGGCCACAUCCUCAGUUACCUUCUGGAGAAGUCCCGAGUGGUGCACCAGAAUCAUGGGGAGCGGAACUUCCAUGUCUUCUACCAGCUGCUGGAAGGGGGCGAGGAGGAGACGCUGCGCAGGCUGGGCUUGGAACGGAACCCCCAGAGCUACCUGUACCUGGUGAAGGGCCAGUGUGCCAAGGUCUCUUCCAUCAAUGACAAGAGUGACUGGAAGGUUGUCAGGAAGGCACUGACAGUCAUUGACUUCACUGAGGAUGAAGUGGAGGACCUGCUGAGCAUCGUGGCCAGCGUCCUGCAUUUGGGCAACAUCCACUUUGCUGCUGAUGAGGAGAGCAAUGCCCAGGUCACCACCGAGAACCAGCUCAAGUAUCUGACUAGGCUCCUUGGUGUGGAAGGCUCUACCUUGCGGGAAGCCCUGACACAUAGGAAGAUCAUUGCCAAAGGAGAAGAGCUCCUUAGCCCACUGAACCUGGAACAGGCCGCAUAUGCACGGGACGCUCUUGCCAAGGCUGUGUACAGUCGCACUUUCACCUGGCUAGUCAGGAAGAUCAAUAGGUCACUGGCUUCCAAGGAUGCUGAGAGCCCCAGCUGGAGAAGCACCACAGUUCUUGGACUCCUGGACAUUUAUGGCUUUGAAGUGUUCCAGCAUAACAGCUUCGAGCAGUUCUGCAUCAACUACUGCAAUGAGAAGCUUCAGCAGCUCUUCAUCGAGCUGACACUAAAGUCGGAACAGGAGGAGUAUGAGGCAGAAGGCAUUGCGUGGGAGCCCGUCCAGUAUUUCGACAAUAAGAUCAUCUGUGACCUUGUGGAGGAGAAGUUCAAGGGUGUCAUCUCCAUCCUGGAUGAGGAGUGUCUGCGUCCUGGGGAGGCCACUGACCUGACCUUCCUAGAGAAGCUAGAGGACACUGUCAAGCUUCAUCCUCACUUCCUGACGCACAAGCUGGCUGACCAGCGGACCAGGAAAUCUCUGGGCCGUGGGGAGUUCCGCCUUCUGCACUAUGCCGGGGAGGUGACCUACAGUGUAACUGGGUUUCUGGAUAAAAACAAUGACCUUCUCUUCCGGAACCUGAAGGAGACCAUGUGCAGCUCGAAGAAUCCCAUUAUGAGCCAGUGCUUUGACCGGAGCGAGCUCAGUGACAAGAAGCGGCCAGAAACGGUGGCCACCCAGUUCAAGAUGAGCCUUCUGCAGCUAGUGGAGAUCCUGAAGUCUAAGGAGCCCGCCUACAUCCGCUGCAUCAAGCCUAAUGAUGCCAAACAGCCUGGCCGUUUUGAUGAGGUGUUGAUCCGGCACCAGGUGAAGUACCUGGGGCUGAUGGAGAACCUGCGUGUGCGUAGAGCUGGCUUCGCCUAUCGUCGAAAAUACGAGGCUUUCCUGCAGAGGUACAAGUCACUGUGCCCAGAGACGUGGCCCACAUGGGCAGGACGGCCCCAGGAUGGGGUGGCUGUGCUGGUCAGACACCUUGGCUACAAGCCUGAAGAGUACAAGAUGGGCAGGACCAAGAUCUUCAUCCGCUUCCCCAAGACCCUGUUUGCCACAGAGGAUGCCUUGGAGGUCCGGCGGCAGAGCCUGGCCACAAAGAUCCAGGCUGCCUGGAGAGGCUUUCACUGGCGGCAGAAAUUUCUUCGGGUGAAGCGAUCAGCCAUUUGUAUUCAGUCAUGGUGGCGUGGAACACUGGGUCGGAGGAAGGCAGCCAAGAGGAAGCAGGCAGCACAGACCAUCCGACGGCUCAUCCAUGGCUUCAUUCUGCGCCAUGCACCCCGUUGCCCUGAGAAUGCCUUCUUCCUGGAUCAUGUGCGCACCUCAUUUUUGCUUAAUCUGCGGCGGCAGCUGCCCCAGAAUGUCCUGGACACCUCCUGGCCCACGCCCCCACCUGCCCUGCGAGAGGCCUCAGAGCUUCUACGGGAGUUGUGCAUGAAGAACAUGGUGUGGAAGUACUGCCGGAGCAUCAGCCCUGAGUGGAAGCAGCAGCUGCAGCAAAAGGCUGUGGCUAGUGAGAUCUUUAAGGGCAAGAAGGAUAAUUACCCCCAGAGCGUCCCCAGACUUUUCAUCAGCACGCGGCUUGGCACAGACGAGAUCAGCCCCAAAGUGCUGCAGGCACUAGGCUCUGAGCCCAUCCAGUAUGCCGUGCCAGUGGUGAAAUAUGACCGCAAAGGCUAUAAGCCUCGUUCCCGGCAGCUACUGCUUACACCGAAUGCCGUGGUCAUUGUGGAGGACGCUAAAGUCAAGCAGAGGAUUGAUUACGCCAACCUGACAGGAAUCUCUGUCAGCAGCCUGAGUGACAGCCUGUUUGUGCUUCAUGUGCAGCGUGAGGACAAUAAGCAGAAGGGAGAUGUGGUGCUGCAGAGUGACCACGUGAUUGAGACACUGACCAAGACUGCCCUCAGCGCCGAUCGAGUGAACAAUAUCAACAUCAACCAGGGCAGCAUUACAUUUGCAGGGGGUCCUGGCAGGGAUGGCAUCAUCGACUUUACACCUGGCUCAGAGCUGCUUAUAACCAAAGCCAAGAAUGGGCACCUGGCUGUGGUGGCCCCACGGCUGAAUUCUCGGUGAUAAAGGCACCCACUGGCCCCCUCCUGACUCCCAAUGCUUUGCUUAUCCCCUCCACCUCUCCCAGUUACCAAAGACUCGAGCUUCUAAACAGGAACCCAGGGACACCUCAAAGCCCACCUGCAAACUCUUGCCUCCUGCUUACUCCUCUCUUGAGUGGACUGCAGGGGCCAGGGAGCUACCCCAGGAGUGGGCCAGGCUGAGCCACAGCAAUAGGAAAGCGGGGCCAGAGCAAGUCACACCAGCCCCACUGCUGAUGCCAAAUAUAUGAGGGAAGGGAAUUUUUGCUGAGGUUUUCUCUGAGAUUUUUUGAUGCUUUAUAGGAAACUAUUUUUUAAAAAAAGCCAUUUUCCUACCCAAGACACACUGGAUGUGUUUUCCUUGACACAAACAGGACAAGGAAUGUAGCCAAGACGUUGGGUGGGCUGGGCGGUGGGGCCAUCUUCCCUGGCCAGGCCGCCUCUCCUUUUUCCCUUGACACCUUGUCUGUCCUGCCCACUUGCACCUUUUGCAGCCCACUCUGACCUCCACCUGGGGGCUGAGACCACUCCUGCCCAUCCCUACCUUCCUGCCUUAAGAAUGUCCUUUUAUGGACUGGGGGUAUAGCCCAGUGGUAAAAACUGUGCUUAGCAUGUGUGAGCCCCUGGUUUCAAUCCCCAGCAUCAAAAGAAAAAAAAAAAAUGUCCUUUUAAUAUUAUUGUCCCAGUCUGAGGGCAUCCCAGAGUGGGAAAAGAAGUCUUAGACAUAGAAUUUAGAAAACUCAGAGAAAUUGUCUAGUCCAGCCCUCUGGGGUUACAGAGCUGAAGACGGAGGCCCAGGAAAGGGAAAGGGUCUUGCCCAGGGUCAUACAGCAGGUUGGGACAAAGUUGGGCAUGAAGCCCUGACCUUAGCACACCUCACUGCCUCUCCCAUGGUCAAGGAGCCCCAUAAAACAUAGGUUAUGUCUUAAGUGUGCACCUGGCUCCCUGACCAGCAAUCCCCCUUGGGGGCCAGCAGGUAGGAGGACCUCUUCUGCCUAAGUCCAUGCCUUAGGACAACCACCUCCUUACACACACUUUGAACCUAGUUCAAGGGUAUAUAGGGCUUUGACUAGUUCCUGGCCCCUCUGUGGCCUGGGAAUGUGGGGAAUGGGCUGGCCUUGGAGGAGCUGCAGGGGCAUCACCUCUUUCUGCUGCUUCCCCUCUACCCCAGAGAGCCUGGGGGCCACCCAGCUGCCCCUGUGCCCUUUGGUGGUCUCAGCCCACCGCUAGCACUUCUGCAAUCCAGAGAAACACUAAA